ACACGAACAGGUCGCUUUCAUGUUCGGAAUCAAUCAAUCUCGCUCACACGCUGUUGACGGGCAAAAAGGGCAGCACAUCGUCACCCCAUGCUGUUUCCCUCACUGCCACACGUUGGGACACUCACAAAACGACAACAUGACAACAUGAUUCCGCCACUACCAUUCAUCCAUUCACUCAGUCAUUCACCCGCCUUGAUUGACGCACAACCACACCCACACGCCGAUCGCUCCGUCAAUCUGUCUCUGUGGGCAAGUGCCCCUGUCUGUCUACCUCUCUGUGGACGAAAGCAGAGGUCCAUCACCACACCACUAAACCGGCCACCUGGACUCUCUGGGCUCGCGCAGGCACGCAGAGAGCGUCGGCCCACCCCACGCACAAUACAAACACCGCAGCACACUACGCAAACAACCACUCUCGCUCCCUUUCUCUGCCUCUCUCCCUCCGAGUGUCAUUUCUCGCUGCACCGACCGUGUCAUUUCUCGCUUUUUAGACAAGGGCUGCCCGAUGCGCGCAGAGCCAGGGAGAAGAUACUCUCCUUUGCCAGCCCUACACACCGACUUCGCGACACCACAUAAAUCACAUCACGCGGCACUACCAUCCACUCAGAGCGCACCAUCGCACCCGACAAAAGGCACCACACCCACGACACUUUCAGAUACGCCGCCACUCCGCCACUCCUCCUCAUACACAGACACACACAAACACUCACACACGCACACGCGCACAUACAGACACAUACAGACGCAUACAUACAGACGCAUACAGACACACACGCACACACGCACACAAACACACACACACACACACAGACAUACAGACACAGACAGACACAGACAGACACAGACAGACACAGACAGACACAGACAGACACAGACAGACACAGACAGACACACGCGCACACACGCACACCUCCUCCUCCUCACACACAUACAGACACACACAUACAGACACACACAUACAGACAGACACAUAAAGACAGACACAUACAGGCACAUACAGACACACGCGCACCCACAAAACUGGAACUGUCUUAAUUAGCCACAUAAAACGCCGCUCACUGCCCCACCGACCUGACUGAAAUGUGGCUCUGUCAAGUCAGUUUUUGGCAUAGCAGACGGAGAGCGAGGCGGUGGUUGGCGCCAUGACCACCUGCAGCUCGCACAGGUCGCGGACCUCUACGCCCGUGCAGAAGGGCUGGUUCGUCUGCGUGCUGAUGGCGCCCUCCUCAUCGUUCAUCCGCAGACAAUACCUACACACACACACGCACACAGAGAGAGGUGAGGCAGCUGUGUGAAUGUGGGUGUGUGACGGGCUGGCUCACUCGAAGCAGUAUUCGGCCGUGAUGUUGGUCCCCGGCGACUCGUGGAGGGUGUAGUGGGGCCCGAUGAUCAUGAUGCCCUCCUCACUCUCGACUCGGCAAGAACCGGUGCCAACACUCUCAAACGCUGACAACCGGACACGGACACGCAGAAAACCGUUCACCUCUGUAUCAGCUGUCUCGGUGCCUCUGUGUGUGUCGUCUGCUCACAUCCAUCGACGAAUCUGAAGCACUCGUUGGCCUCUCCGCCCAUUGCGCCGUCGGGUUUCUCGUUGAGGAUGACGAGGCACGAGUCGGUGGUGGCGUCGUGCUGGAUGCCCUCGCACACGCCCAGGUCAGUAGUAAGGUUGCUGCACAGACGGGCCUGCAUAGAGCAUCACACACAGACACACACACGAAUGAACGAAUGAACGAGUGAACGCGACAGAGAAUGAGUGAAUUGGCUUACGCAUUCAGCCACAGGGACGCCAGCCACGGCGACUGCACAUCCGUGGAGACAUCCAGAUGGCAUCUGCAUCACACGCAAUGCGACAGUGAGUCACUGUUCACAAUGCUCGCGUACAGAUCCGAGUGACGUGCCCACCCCGUCCUGCACAGGGGGGCUGUAGAAGUCGAGUGGCUUGCCGCCAGACGCACACACGCCAGAGCCCACACGGGUGAAGCCCUCGACGGCGUUGGGCGCGGCCACCUGUGCCCGGCACCGGGGCGCGACGGCAAUGAUGCAGAUCUCGAUGCAGAUCAGGUGCAGCACCACUCGCGCGACCAUCCUGACGGCUCCGGGGGGGACGUGGCGGCCAAGGGGGGGAGGUUGGUUGGU